CCAGGGUUGAGAAAAAACAGAUGUUUCUGUUCUUUUGUCAUAAUUAAGUCGGUUUAAAGAGCCAGAAUGGAAGUCAUGCUGCAAUCUCCCAAGACUUUCUCAGACAGUGUGAAGAAAAAGAAAAUGUAUCAUCUUGGCCAGCUAAUAGAGGAAACAAGGAGGAGUGGCAAUGUUUCCCAUCAUCUUCUUGAAACUAGAGUCUUUGCGAAGGUUAAGAGCAAUAGUGUUGUUGAAGUUGAACCAUCAGAGUUGCACUUUGGUGGGUUUGAAGUGGGAAAGGAAUACAAGAAGGUUCUGAAACUCAUCAAUAUUUCUUCUGAAGUCCUUAAUGUCCACAUUCUUCCCACCCAAACAAAGUACUUUCGAACUGAGUACACACCGAAGAGUCGACUAGUUCCAGGACUUUCAUACAGCAUUAAUGUUUACUUCAGUCCCAACGAGUGGCGCUAUUUUUAUGACAGCGUCCGGAUUCAUUGCAAGGGAGACGAGAAUUUGCUAGUCCCUGUCCAUGCUUAUCCAGUCAUUGAUGAUCUUCAUAUGCCGUCUCGCAUCAGUCUGCCAACUGUGUCACUGGGACAAAGUGCAACUCAUGUAUUUCCAUUGAGCUGCAGUUUCCCAGUAGACUUUGAGUUCCAAGUGCACUGCUUGCAGUCCCAUGAAGCUUUCAGCAUCAAUCCUUUAUCAGGAGUAAUCCCAGCCAAUGGAAGUGUAGAUGUUACAGUUACGUAUACACCACUGCAGUAUGGAACGGCUGAAAUGACUCUACAGUUGGUCACCUCUCAGUUCAACUCCAAACCAUUUGUCUGCACACUGACAGCAUCCUGCUCUCCUCAUCUGACUCUCAAUAAACAGACCAAAAAUGAUGAGUUUGCUAUAAUGGUUCCCAAAGCACCGAGAACUAAAAGACAUCCUGAUGUCCUGUUUACUUCUCCCAAGCCGAAGCUCAAAGUAGCUCCUAGUAUAGAGAAGCAAACUAAAAAGAAGAUCAAAUCUGAGCCCUGUUCUCAGACCUCUGGUGUGGAUAUUACCACCCCUGCUGGACUUGCUAAAAUGUUAAUUCAACACCAGGACAAAAUUAGCUAUACAGACCUCCGAGAGGCCAUGUCCCAUACCAAGACUGCACAGCAGACGAGACAAAUGACAGAAGCUGCAUUUGCAAAUCAAGUACGAAUAAAUGUCCAAAAGGAGAAAGCGAAUCUGCUUCGAUGGCAGGUGCAUUUAGGUGAUGAUUUGAUCUCAGCUGAAGACAAACUGAAAGUUUUGAAGGAGCAAGAAUUUGCAGCUUCUGAGUAUAUGGUGCAAACGGUCAUGAGUGCCAAGGAGGUGGAUGUUGCCCAGUCUUCUCCAAGACUGUCAUCUCAUCGUGUUGUACGCAGUGCAGGACAGUAUCCCGAUUGCACUCCUGUUUUUAACACUUAUGGGUGUAGCCAACUGAAGGUCAGACAAAGAGUCCUUAGGCUUUUUCAACAAGCUGUUCAUAAGGUUGUCCUGUGUGUCCGUAUGAACAACAGGCUGCUUUUGUUGAGAAAAGCGGCUUCCAGUACAAAGAAUGAUACAGAGGUUGAUGCAAAGCAGCAGCUUCUAAAUCUGUCAUCAGAAAAGCUGCUGCCAUUCGCGCUGCCCAUCUUUACUUCUACAGACCUUUUUGAUGAACUUGCCAUCAACAGACUUGGUCGUGUUCAUGUGAGAACCAUUAAACCAGAGUUUACCCCUUGCAUUCCAUUUUUUAAUCUAAAGGUUCCUCAGCGUUACAGGAUAAUGGGGUAUCAGGAAAUGUCUGUGCAUGAUGCCCAAGCCUCAUUUGUCCACGCAAAAUUGUGUAGACCAUUACGCACUGGAGCACAGGAUGAGCUAUUGCCCACUGUAAUGUAUCCUGAUUUAGAUUGUUGCAUGGACAACGAACUACAAAAAGAUCAGGGACCAGAGCAGAAAAUCAACCCAGUCAUGGAAUUUAAUGCUCCUAAAGAUUUGCUGAAUCCACCGAAUGCUCACCCUCUCCGAAUCUUUAACCCUGCUCCAAGUGUGUAUGCUUACAAACAAACCCCUUUAUACUUAGAGAGUGACCCUGAGUUCCAUUUGUGUCCACUGCCAAAAUACACAGUGUCCAAAGAUAAAGGUCAUACCUUCAGUACCCAGAAGGCAUUUCUAAAUAGAAAGGACAUUAUAAAAGGAGUUAUGAUGUGGAAGAAGUUUCCAUGUUUGGCCUUGAACACGUUUUCUUCUGUUUCAACUCCAACCAGCAACUGUGCUCAACGCAUAUGUGAUCCCUUUAACAAUUUGGUGCUGCCCUUGGAAGCCCCACCACCUCUGCUGGCCCCUCUUGACAGCAUUACUGACGAGGAUAAAUUGGGACUCACUGAAGGUCCAGGCACUUCUCUUACUCCUGACAUGGUUCAUGCAGAGUUUGGACUCUUUGAAAACUCUUUAAAGGAAGACAGCAAUAAAAAUGACGAAGAAUCACAUGAAGAGCUACUAGAAUCAACUGGAAAGUCACAAACCAACAAACUGGCCCAUGUCUUAGCAAGAAUGAAAUGCCUGAAAUAUUCGGGACAUAGUAAUCAAAUUCCCCAUGACAGCAAAUAGCUUUUUUAUUGUUACUGUAAUUUAUGUGCACAUUUAUGGUUAUGAAAUGGACAUAUCUAAAACUUUCCCAUGAAUGAAGAUUUAAACAAGCCCAUGAGCAAAAAGAUCAUGGUACUGUAAUUUAAAAUAUGGAGGUGCUUCAGAAACCCAUGGCACUUUGUAGCUGGAUGAUGAAGGCUAGCGACUUUUUAAAAUUUAUUUUAAAAUGACAUAUGAUGAACAGAGGCAGAAAUAAGCUGAAUGUUUCUCACACUGGAUUAGAUAGAACUGUACGGUUAACUCCCUUCACCACUUGUACACUGCCAGCUUGUUUGGACUAGCUCUUACCACAAUAAAUAAUUGUUUAUUAAAUUAAUAA